GCAGAAUUUAUUUAAAUACAACCUACGGAGUAAAAUUAUUCUUAGAGAUACUUCGUAUUUAGUUCAUUUGAAUUGUGUCUAGCUGCGAGACCGGCAUAUCCCGGUCAAUGGAACAUGAUACCCAGACAUCGGCAUCCAAGACGAAGGAGCAGCAUCCACAGCCACUUAAAAUUCAGAUAUACCCCCCUGCAACUGGCGAAGUUUCAUCUUUCUGGAAAGAGAAGUAUGAUAGAGAAGCAAAGAAAUACUGGGAAAUCUUUUACAAACGCCACCAAGAUAAAUUUUUCAAGGAUAGGCACUACUUGGACAAGGAAUGGGGGCACUACUUUUCUGGUGCUGGAGGGAAAGUAAUCCUUGAGGUUGGUUGUGGUGCUGGAAACACCGUCUACCCCUUGCUUGCUACGUAUCAUGAUAUAUUCGUGCACGCUUGUGACUUUUCACCACGAGCUGUAAACUUGGUCAAGGCACGCAAAGAUUUUGAAGAGGCCAGAAUCAAUGCAUUUGUUUGUGACUUGACUGCUGAUGAUCUAUGCCAGCAUAUUGCUCCAUCUUCAGUAGAUAUUGUGACCAUGAUAUCACUGUUUGUAUAUUCCCUUUUUCAUGAGCUGAUAAACAUGGGUUUUCCCUCUAACAUACACUGACUUGGUAAGCAGAUAUUUGUUUUAUCUGCAGUAACCCCUGAGAAGAUGUCACUAGUGUUACAGAACAUUAGAAAAGUUCUCAAGCGAGACGGUUUUGUCUUAUUUCGUGACUAUGCAACUGGAGACCUGGCUCAGGAAAGGUUAAUCUCAAAGGAGCAGAAGAUCAGUGAUAACUUCUAUGUUCGGGGUGAUGGAACUCGGGCGUUCUACUUCUCUGAUGAGUUCUUGACAAAUCUUUUCAAAGAGAAUGGAUUUGAUACUGACGAACACUUUUUGUGUCUUAAGAAAGUGGAAAAUCGCUCAAGGGAAAUUGUGAUGAACAGACGUUGGGUUCAAGCUGUAUUCCAUUUAGGUUGUGGUAAAUCUGAUUUGAAAACUGAGGGCAACGUAAAAGAGCUUGGUAUGGAAUGUCCAGAACCUGCAAUACCAAUAAAAGCUGAGGGCAAUGCAAAUGAAUUUGACAUUGAUAUUUCUGAAGGAAUUGCUUUUGAAAUGUUUGGUAUUUCAUCUUCAAGUGAAGAGGUUGUUGAACUUAACAUUAAUGAGUUACACUUCAAGAUAAAUGUGGUUUCUAGAGAGUACCAGCAUACAUGUAAAUCAACUGGCUUGAUGCUAUGGGAAUCGGCCCGGUUUAUGGCUUCUGUGCUUUCUGAAAAUCCGAGGAUAGUUUCGGGGAAAAGGGUUCUCGAAUUGGGAUGCGGAUGUGCAGGGAUCUGCUCUAUGGUGGCUGCUUCAAAAUCUGCUCAACUUGUGGUUGCCACUGAUGGAGACUCAAAAGCUCUUGACUUGUUGAACCAGAAUAUCAACUUGAAUCUCAAACCCUCACUUUUUGCAAAACUGAUCACAAUGAAGCUCGAAUGGGGGAACAAAGAUGAUAUUGACUCCAUCCGAAGAAUGAACGACAAGGGCUUUGACAUAAUAUUAGGCACUGAUGUUGCGUAUGUUCUGGAAGCGAUAUUACCAUUGUUUGAAACUGCAAGGGAGCUGAUUUGUCAUAGAAGAGUAGAUGAUGGUGGUGGUGGUGCUAUUAAAGAUGAGGAGCCAGCGGGUUUGAUUCUCUGCCAUGUUCCGCGCCGAGUUGAUGAACUGUCCAUACUUUCAGCAGCAUCUCGAUACGGUUUCAAGUUGGUGGACAGGUGGCCUCACACAGAAACCACAGUCAUUACAUCUCCAGACAUUAUCAACAAGUGGUUCUCUCAUGGGCAUUGUGCAAACUCCCUUCCAACCACAAACUUGAGCAUUUUGUAUUUCUAUAGUAGAGUAUAAUUUCAAAGAUAUUUUAACAAUAAAAGGAAAAGAAUGUAGGAUGUUGUUCUUAUUCUUGUUUUUGAAUUUUGCCAUGAUUGAGUUUGAUUUUUCUUUUUUACAUUCAAUUUCCUUAUACUAGGAUCAUUUUUGUUAAUAACUUGGGAAUUCAAAUGACCUAUGAGUGAAGUAAAGCUAUUAGGUUACUAUACAAC